GUUCCUGCGAGAUUUUAAACAAUAGUUCUAAGCUCCCUGAUAAUAGUUCCGUGCAGUUCUGACCACUGGAUAUCUCUAAAUAAUUAUUAACAAUUAAUAUCAGCAUAGCACCUACGCUAUGGUGAUAUGCUGUGCUGCUACGAUAAGUUCUCGGUUCCUGCGAGAUUUUAAACAAUGGUAAAAAUGUCGUCAACGUAUCUAUAAAAUGUAUUAUUUAUUCAUCUUACUAGUUUAUCUUUUUAUCCCCUCCUGACACCUUUAUUUUAACUUACUUUAUUUUGACGACCUAUUAUACCGGUUCUAAACAGUCCGCUCUUAGACUUAUGACUAGACGUAUCUAUCAUUGUGCGUGUUAAUUUAACUUUUUAUUUCAACGAUUUUUAAUAUUUAUAACAAUGUACAUGUACUACGACAAUUUAUCUUUAUACCUAUUUAUUCGACGAAAAUUAACGACAAUCACUGUAAUUCUUAUGUACCAUGACACGUUUCUGCGCCGUAAGUAAACUCACGUCUUCUCUCUAACACUUUGAUUUACUUGUUUUAAUUGUAACUAUAUAACUUUUAGAUCUCUUGCUGUAACAUUUGAUGGAUGUAACGUAAUUUUAUACUUGAAAAGGACCAGUAUUACUGGUCGAAACGUCGUAUUUUUAUUAAAUAAAAUUACUUGCCAGCAUAUGUCGUUUUAAUUCUGAGUAUUUUUUCUGAUAUUAAUUGUUAAUAAUUAUUUAGAGUGAGCCAAUGGUCAGAACUAUGUUAUAGAACUAUAGAACUCGUCGAAUACUAUAAAAUUCAAUAAAAAAAAUUUCCAGAAAAUGAUAUGAUAUGCUGACUUCGUGCGAAGUUAGCAUAUCAUUUCUCAAAUUUUAUUUUUUUAUAAUAGAUGACCAGAACUAUUGUUAAAAUUUAUCAGGAACUAUAGAACUAUGUUGUAUGCAAAGAGAACUCCACUUUUUUUUUAUAUGCUAACAAUUGAUAUGCCAAGUUCAUACACAUCGAGGAAUUAAACUAGAUCUUUCGUAUUUCGGUAAACUAUUCUUGUCUAUUCACUAGAACCGCCUAUUAUUUGCAGAAUCAUCGAAAACGCCAAUUUGUAGCAAGAGGGACGAGCAGUGUGCUAAACGCGCUAGACGGGCCAUGGAAGUUAAGUUCUACGACGAGGAUCUGACGAGCCCCCUCAACAUCACGGAAGUACCAAGCUGCAAUUGCUGGCCAGGCUGCUUCGAGAUCAAUUACAGGAUCGAGCUCUCGCAGAACAAAUUGUUACCGACCAUCCAAACUAAUAAGCGAUUUAUGAAGAAAGACAUGAAUUACUUCACGGAAAACAUGGCGGUGGUUCAUCUGUUCUUCGUGGACUCCCAAUUCACGAAGUACGUGAAAAACGAGCUCUUUGGAUUCAUUGAAUUUCUGUCGAGCACAGGAGGCUUGCUAGGUCUCUUCAUGGGCUUCAGUUUUUUGUCAUUUAUGGAAAUACUGUAUUUCUCAACGAUGCGGCUAUGGUGCCGCUUGUACAAUCGCCGGGAAUUGUCGAGACCCAACGUUCUCCAGGCACAUCCAUUAGACGACCAUAAAAAGAUCGUUUAUCCGUUCACGAAUUGAAUUAGGUGUAGAUAAUAAUAAUAUCACAUAAAUAGGGAGCUAUAUG